AUUAAAUAUUAUAUUACUUACCCUUUUCUGUUGCUUAAUAUUGUGCAUGGAGAAAAAAAUAAAAAAAAAAAUCUGUCAUUUCUUACUUCCCAAAUAUAUAAUUUUCUUUCGUGUCCUAUAUAAAUUAAUGUUAUUAGCCUUGUGUCAUUUGUAUAUAAUUAAUGCUUAUUAUUCAGUUUUUACAGAAAUUUUGCCCCUCUCUUUUUGUGGAGUGCUUCUUCUUGCUCUUUCUCCUCUUCUCCUUAUUGGGUACAGUUCUGUUUCUAUCUGUUGCUGUUUUGGCAUUAGACUCUGUUCUUUGUCUCCUGCAGAGGCUUUUUAUCCAUGAAGAUGCCAGUAAAUGUGCAGUAUUUGUUACCUCCAUUUGGAAUUAUUCAACAGCAUGGGCGACAUUUGUUUUGGUUUCUGUGUGGCAUUGCUCUUGCUGCUGGCUCUAAGCAAUGCUAUUGGAAUUAAUGGAGAAAAGAGCAGUGGACAGUGUGAUUAUAAGCCUAGUUUAGACCCAAGACCACAUAGUGUGUCCAUUCUUGAAUUUGGUGCAGUUGGAGAUGGGAAAACAUUAAAUACAAUUGCCUUCCAGAAUGCUAUUUUCUAUCUCAAGUCCUUUGCUGAUAAGGGUGGUGCUCAGCUUUACGUGCCACCAGGAAAAUGGCUCACUGGAAGUUUCAAUCUUACCAGCCAUCUCACACUUUUCCUGGAAAAAGGAGCUGUUAUUCUUGGAUCUCAGGAUCCAUCUCGUUGGGAUGUAGUAGAACCCUUGCCUUCAUAUGGUCGUGGGAUUGAACUUCCUGGAAAAAGAUAUCGAAGUCUAAUAAAUGGAUAUAAGCUGCUUGAUGUGGUGAUAACAGGUGAUAAUGGAACCAUUGAUGGCCAGGGCUCAGUUUGGUGGGAAUGGUUCAAUUCUCAUUCACUGAAUUAUAGCCGGCCUCAUCUCGUGGAAUUUAUAGAAUCUGAACAUCUUGUAGUUUCAAAUCUUACCUUCUUGAAUGCUCCUGCAUAUAACAUUCAUCCAGUAUAUUGCAGUAAUGUGCUCGUUCAAAAUAUGUCACUCUCUGCUCCUCCUAAAUCCCCGUACACCAUCGGUAUAGUCCCAGAUUCUUCCAAUAAUGUAUGCAUAGAGGACAGCAUUAUUGAAAUGGGUUACGAUGCUAUUGCCCUUAAGAGCGGCUGGGAUGAAUAUGGCAUUUCCUAUGAUAGAGCUACCAGAGAUGUGCACAUAAGAAGGGUCCACCUUCAAUCAUCUUCAGGCUCUUCCAUUGCUUUUGGUAGUGAGAUGUCUGGUGGAAUUUCUAAUGUGCGCGUGGAGCAGGUCCGCCAAUACAACUCAUUUAGUGGGAUUGAGUUUAGAACAACCAAGGGCAGAGGUGGUUAUAUUAAAGGAAUUUAUAUAUCAGAUGUUGAAAUGGAAAAUGUCAACUUAGCAUUAGGUGCCAUUGGCGAUUGCGGUUUACAUCCGGACGACAAAUUUGAUCCUAAGGCUCUUCCAGUGCUUGAUCAAAUAACCUUACAAAAUGUAACUGGUACAAACAUCGUAAUAGCAGGAAAUUUCACUGGAAUUCAAGAAUCUCCCUUCACCUCCAUCUGUCUCUUUAAUGUCUCCUUAAUGGUUUCAACCUCCUCAAAAUCUUGGAUAUGUUCCAGUGUUGUUGGCUUUUCAGAGUCCGUUUUCCCUGAACCAUGCCCUGAGCUGAAGAGCCCGUAUUCGAAUUCCUCAUCUUGCUACUCCCUCUUGAUUUCUUAUGGUGAAUCUGCAACUGCAAGCUUAUGAUACCAUAUUCCUUUACACUAAAAUCACAUGGGGUAAAAAUAUGGAUUCUUCUACAUUUCACUCUCUCAGAAGUAGGUGAGAUUCUUUCCAUUAAGACACAUGUCUAUAGGAGUAUUUUUGGUUCUUUGGUUUUGUUUGAAAUUUGCAGAUGAAUUAUUUGUACAGCUUCAUUUCUUCAUUCAUGUGUAAGAAAAGUUUUGGUAGUGAUUUGCAAGAACCACAAGGACUCAUUCUAGCAUUACACUUUAUUCCUUUCUUGUUUAUAAUAAAGUUUGCUGCUGUACACUUCCAUUAUCAAAAUACUUAAUUCUUGUUUAAGCCUCGUGCAAUUUUUUUUUCUGUUUAUUUAGCUUCGUUGCUCUGAAAAAUAUGUCCAGACAUACGACAGGUUAUCUAAAGAAAAAAAAGACAGAAUUAGAUUCCUCUUUAUUCUUUGGCAUUUUAUGAACGAUAAAGUAGCUCAAAUUGUGCAUUUUAAUAUAUUUUCAUGUGAGAUUAAAUACAUUUUCUUAAUUCAGUUUAAAUUUUUUUUAAAAAAAAUUGAUUAAAUUAUUUAUUUCGAAAAUUUAAUUUAAUUUUUUAAAUUCAAUUCGACUUUUAACUUCAAAAAAAUUAAUUUAUUCGGCUCAAUUCAGACUUAAAUUAAUCCAUGCUUGCCCUUUCAAUUCCUCGUGGAUCAUCACAGCAUGAAAACGGAGACCAAUGUCGGAUCCCGCUAUCCGAAACCCGGACCAAUAGCCCAAUACUCUGUUAUGAUAAGAACCCAAACCAUACAAUUCCUAAAAUGGAAACGAGAGACAAAAUUCAAACGAAGUUGACGAACCCAAGGCUGAAGCCGAUUAACGCUGGGCAAAGGGAAGUUUCGGUUAACCAAAGACGCCGUAAACCAGAGAGCGCUACCCCUCUUUCCGUCAUUCACUGCCAAUCUCAGGUAAGUUUGCCUCCAGUUCUCUUCUCUGGAGUUUUCUACAACACGAUGCGGAGAAAGAACUGCAUUCCUUGGGCUUCAAAUUUGAACGCAACUGUGCAAUUUCUUCAGUUUCAUUCUGCCCGUGAACUAAAUGAUUUUGAUCGCUUAUGGUUUAGGAACUGUGAUUAUGAUUUUUAAUGUCUAGUUUGUCACAAAAAUUUUUAGGAUAUUAUGGUCUCAUCGAAUAUCAGGGACCUCUUUACCGCAUUUAGUCCUUCAUUGGAUUACUUCGUAAUCAGUUCUGGAGAUGGUUGAAUAAGGGGCCAGGUGCAAACUGAGUUUGCAGACAUAACAUCAGAUGAUGCAAAUUUGUAUACUAAACCUGAUCGAGGUCACCUUUCAGUUGAUUAUAAAUGCAUGAAGUGGUUGUCCCUUGACAGUAAG